UGCAGCUCGACGAGUGCGCUUAUCCAACGUUGGACAUUGGUAGUAUUUGGUAUUCCCCUGUGCGCUCUGUGCCGUCCUCCUCCACUUCGACGAUCUGCCUGACAAGAUGGGAGGGUUUGCUUGGGUGACUUUGGCCACCAACGACUCCUACUCCUUGGGAGCCCUUGUGCUGGCGCACUCCUUGAAGCAGUCAGCGACCAAUCAUCAGCUCGCUGUCUUGGUAACACCCGGCGUUACCAAAUCUAUGAGAGUCAAAUUGGGAUCGGUUUUCGAUGUUGUCCAGGAGGUAAACAUCCUCGACUCGAAGGACGAAUCCAAUCUGCGCCUCCUGAAGAGACCAGAGCUGGGCGUCACUUUUACCAAAUUGCACUGCUGGCGGCUAACGCAAUUCGAGAAAUGCGUUUUCUUGGAUGCAGACACCUUGGUCUUGAAGAAUUGCGAUGAGCUGUUCGAGCGUGACGAGUUUUCCGCUGCCCCCGACGUAGGAUGGCCGGAUUGCUUCAAUUCCGGUGUCUUCGUCUACCGCCCAUCCGUUGAGACUUACGAUAAAUUGGUCCAGUUCGCGCUCGAGAAGGGCAGCUUCGAUGGAGGCGACCAAGGUUUAUUAAACCUAUAUUUCAAUGAUUGGGCGCACAAAGACAUAAGCAAGCAUCUGCCCUUCAUUUACAACAUGUGCUCCACGGCGUGCUACUCCUAUCUGCCGGCUUUCAAACAGUACGGCUCAAAUGUGAAGAUCGUGCACUUCAUAAGUUCGACGAAGCCAUGGCUGCAGUAUUUCGAUACGGAGUCCAGACAAGUGCAGCCGGCCGGAGAUAUGCACCAUUUAAAAUCAGUAUUGCAGUGUUGGUGGGAUAUUUUCUGCUCUCUAAUUCAUCCUAAUUUAACCAGCGACAUGGCUGGUCUCGCCGGAGCCUUCGCCCAAUUCACAUUGGGAGCACCAAGGUCUCCGACGCAAACUGCCCUCGAGGAUCAACUGAGAAGGCAGGGUUGGGAGGUCGGCAACAUCGACUACAUGGGCCGAGACGCUUUCGACAACAUCUGGAGCAAAAUCUGCGAGACCCUAUCGACUGGCACUCAGAAAGCGGCAGAGCCUACUACGACUGGAGAUGUUCAGAAAACAGAUAGUAUUGUUGAGACCGCAGUAGAAGUUACGGAAAAACCUGCUGAAGAAGCAAAACUUUCUGAGGAAAAAACUGAAAUUAAACCAGCCGAAACUCCGGUCGUGGAAGCUGAAAAGCAGCAGCCUGUCGAAGCAAAACCUCAACCAGUUGAUCAAAAGCCAACUGAAAUUGAAGGGCAAGCAAAAAUCUCGGACAUCGAAAUGCCAGUAACAGCUCAAGAUGCUAAACCUAUUGACGCUUCUAAGUCUACUGAAGAAGUAAAGAAAACAGAAGCUGAAUCUCAAACAGUUGAAGUAAAACCAACCGAAAUACCAAAACCAGUUGAUACCAAGUCAAUUGAUACUGCAAUCGAAGAAGCAAAACCUGUAGUAACUAAACCUGCUGAUGAGACAAAACCUGAUACACCAGAAGUACAAGCCGAAACCCCAAAGCCAGCAGAAGAGAUAAAAUCUGAAGCACUACCUGAGGAGAAAACACCAAAAGCAACUGAAGAAGUAAAGCCUGUUGAAUCUGAAAAACCAGUUACUGAAGAUAAACCUGAAAUGCAACAACAAGUUCCUGAAUCUAAAAUAAAGCCAAUUGUAUGCCCAAAACUUGUUGAAGAACAAAAACCUGUCGAAGAAGUCAAACCCGUCGAAAGUGUUAAACCAGCUGAAGAAAUUAAACCCUCUGGAGAAGUCAAACCUACUGAAGAAAUUAAGCCUGUGGAAGGAAUAAAACUCGCUCAGGAAGUCAAAAUAAUUGAAGAGUUAAAAGCUGCUGAAAUAGUCACACCAAUUGAAGAAGUAAAACCUCUUACAGAGGUAAAACCAAUUGAAGAAGUAAAACCCGCUGCAGAGGUAAAACUUAUUGAAGAAGUCAAACCUGCUGGAGAAGUAAAGCCAAUUGAAGAAGAAAAACCCGCUAAAACUGCUGAACUAGGCAAACUUUCCGAAGUUAAACCUGCAGAAGAAGUAAAACCUGUGGAAGAAGCCAAACUUGAAACAAAGCCGUGUGAAGAAGUGAAGCCGGAUUGUAAGGUAAAAUCAGCAGUAACUCCCAUUGGAGAAUUAAAACCUGAAGAAAAACAAGCUCCUGCUACUGAGGUAAAAUCUGAAGAACCAAAGAAAGAAUCUGAAGAGAAACUCGCGGUUGUUGCAAAAUCAGAAGAACCUGCAAAGGUAGAAUCAAAACCUGAACAACCACAAUUGAAACCAGCUGACUCGAAAGUUCCAGAAGCAGUGCCAGUAGCACAAGAACCGAAGAAAUCCAAAGAAUCAAAAUGCGAAGAUAAAGCUGCGCAAAAGAAAGAGGAGACUAAAUCUGUAGAUGUUACUAAAGUACAAGAGAAAGAAUCUAAAACAGACGAAGCGUGCAGUAAGAAAAUGGACGAGACAAAGCCAGCAGAGAAAAAAGACGAUAGCAAACAAGAGAAACCUAAAGAUGUAAAGGAGAAGGGAAAAGAUGAAGCUGCUAAACCAGAGGUAUCUUCGACGCAGCCAACCGAGUGCAAAAAACAAGGCAAAGGCGGUAAGAAAGAUAAGAAGAAACAGCAGGAAGCAAAGGGUGAAUGCCCGAAGAGUGACUGUCCGCAGAAGGAGUGCCCGAAGAGCGAAUGCCCCAAAGACUGUCCGAAAGAAAAACAAGACUGCCCGAAGAAGGCAUGCUCCAAAGAUUCUAAACCAGUAGAAACACCAAAAACGCCAGAGGUCAUUGAAGCUACUCCGCCAACUUCACCCAUCGCAACAGAUAAACCCGAAGAGAAAGCUUUGGGGGUGGAAGGCAGCGUACCAUCAACACCGCCACCACCGACGGCGGCAGCUGCAUCUGGCGAACAGCAAGCUCCGACUCCUCCACCACGUAAGAGCAACGGAGGCAAGAAAGCAAAAGCCAAAAAGUAAAUGAACUCCACUUUAUUGUUCACAAUUUUUAUCUUCUCCUUUUGUGUGUGCCAUUUUUUUUUUUGAUUAUUUUUCAAAGUAUUCAUUUUAUUAGUCUAGUCUCUUGCAUCUUCUUUUUUAAUAUUGUUUCAUUUUCUCUAUAUUUGUGCCAAUUAUAUAGCCUUUUGAAUAAAUAACAAAUAUUCGUA